UUACUUGUACGGUUGUUUUUAGGAUUCAAGAGGGGUUUUUUUUGGUUAGGGGCGUGCAUUCGAAGAGAGAGGGAGGCUCUUGAGCUUGCCAGCCUCUUCACUGGGGGCUGGAUUUAAGCAGUGCAGCGCUUGUCUGUCGAUCGUCAUGACCUUUACGCGUCAGAUAACCACAACUGAAACACAUAUGCACCCCCAGAAUGUGAUCCACGUCUCGGAGACUUAAAUGCAUCUGUCCUCUUCAGUCUAAGAGUGCACACGCUUGAAGUCUCCGUAGGGAAUUCCCAUCUGCUGCCUUUUACGCACGAGAAUCCGUGCGCAAUGAAGCUCUGCCUGGCGCGCACCUCUCCACGUACCUGAGAGCACGCGCAAGAUUUUACGCAUGAAAAUAGCAUCUCGUUUCCAAACCUAACCAUGGGCAACGCGUCGAACCAAACCACGGCGAACAACGACACCGACCCGUUCGGCAGGAACGAAGAAGUGGCCAAAAUGGAGAUCACGGUUUUAAGCGUCACCUUCCUCGUUGCGGUGAUGGGAAAUCUGUGCGUGCUGCUGGCCAUGCACAACACCAAGAAGAAGAGCUCACGGAUGCACUUGUUCAUCAAGCACCUGAGCCUCGCGGACCUGGUGGUGGCUUUCUUCCAGGUUCUUCCACAGCUCUGCUGGGAGAUCACCUUCAGGUUUUACGGACCUGACUUUCUUUGCCGGAUUGUCAAGCAUCUCCAAGUCCUAGGCAUGUUCGCGUCCACCUAUAUGAUGGUGAUGAUGACACUGGACCGCUACAUCGCCAUAUGCCACCCUCUGAAGACUCUCCAGCAGCCCACGAAGCGCGCCUACAUCAUGAUCGGGUGCACUUGGCUCUGCAGCCUGUUGCUCAGCACCCCUCAAUACUUCAUCUUCUCUCUGAGUGAGAUCCAGAACGGCUCGGAUGUGUAUGACUGCUGGGGCCACUUCGUCGAGCCGUGGGGCAUCCGAGCCUACAUCACCUGGAUCACCGUGGGCAUCUUCCUCCUCCCUGUCAUCAUCCUCAUGAUCUGCUACGGGUUCAUAUGCCACAGUAUCUGGAAGAACUUCAAGUCCAAGACCAAGAGAGGCACUCUGCACAGCACUAAGGACGGGAUGAUUGGAAAGGGCUCUGUCAGCAGUGUCACCAUCAUCUCAAGAGCCAAACUAAGAACAGUGAAGAUGACAUUCGUGAUUGUUUUGGCGUAUAUUGUGUGCUGGGCUCCGUUCUUCAUCGUGCAAAUGUGGUCCGUCUGGGAUGAAAACUUCUCCUGGGAUGAUUCUGAAAAUGCAGCGGUGACCCUCUCUGCCCUGCUGGCGAGUCUUAACAGCUGCUGUAACCCAUGGAUCUACAUGCUCUUCAGCGGACACCUCCUCUAUGACUUCUUAGCCUGUUUCCCCUGCUGGAACAAACCCCAAAACACGUUACACAAAGUGGACUCGGACAGCAGCAUCCGGAGGAACACCCUCCUGUCCAAGCUGGCUACUGUCCGAACCAAAGAUGGGUUCGACUCUUGGAAAGACCCAUGCAACUCCCGAAAGUCCAGUCAAUCUUUAGGGCUAGACUAUUCCCGCAAAUCCAGUCAGUGUUUGCAACUUGACUGUUAGCGCAAAUCAAGCCAGAGCGUUCCAGUGGAGUCCUAGGAGCCAGAUGGGGAUUAAUAAAAAAGCAUGAAAAUAAAUGUAUAAGCAAAAAACUUUUUCUAUACGGUUUUAAGAGAUAAGU